AUGGCACUAAGGAAGCCACUUGGGAACCUGAGGAUUCGAUUCGUCAACAAUAUCUACAUCUAUUUGAAUCAGCCUAAGCAGAUUCAUGACAUCAAGGACUUCCUUCUGACUGCCAGAAGGAAAGAUGCAUGCUCUGUAAAGAUCAAGAAGAGCAAAGAUUUUGUCAAGUUCAAGGUCCGCUGCUCCAAGUACUUGUACACACUUUACGUGUCGGAUGCUGAGAAGGCUGACAAGUUGAAGCAGUCCCUUCCUCGAGGUACAUCUAUAUAAAUGAUACAGUAAUCAUUUUUCUUGUUUCGGUUCAACUAGCAUCCUUAUUUCAAAUCAACAAAUAUAUUAUA